UCAUGGCAAGUAAAACGUCAAAAUAAAAUUUUUAAAAGUCCAUUCUGGUACGGGUGAGGGUGGAUUUUUUACAAAAUGGUUCAAAAAGGGGAAUCUCCUCCCGAUGAUAAUCUUUUUAGAGGAUUUAUAUCAGCUUUGUACAACACCCUAGAUGUUCCUGUAACCUGGUUCAGAGAAAAAGUUGUUGAACCAAAUCAGAAAAAGUAUCCGUGGUACCAUCAGCAAUACCGCCGUGUACCGACCAUCGAUCAAUGUUAUAGCGACGAUGUUGUUUGCGACUUUGAAGCCAAUUUGCAAUUCAAGCGUGAUAGAGCUGUGGAUUCCGAAAUCUUGAACAUUCUCCGUAUGCGUUAUGAAGAUUGUAUGAUGUAUGAAAGCCCAGAUCACCUCACCACUUGCAAACCUCUGUGGGAAAAAUACAAGAACGCUGAAGAAGCUUGGUUCAUUAAGUAUGGUGAUCUGGGAGCGUAUGCUGAUGCAAGGAAGGCAUACAUGAAACAAAAGCAUCGCAUGAUCUGGGAGAGACGUCACGGACCUUUGUCCGAUCAGACCAAGUGAUUUUUAUUAAAUGUUUAAUAGUAGAUAUAAUAUAUCAUUGCAAAUAAACAAAUCCUAGUGCAAA